AUGGCCUCGGUCUCGCCUCCGGAUGGUCAUGGCCCGCCUUCGUCCAGCACGAGCCCUCUUGAGGGCAGCACGAGUUCCAGCACGGGCGCGAUCCGAACGACAUCGGGCGCCAACAUUGGCGGCGAUGCGGCCAGCAGCAGCAGUGGAGCCAGUCGAAUACCCCGGACCGGGCAGCGUGCCAUCACCAGGUGAGUCUCGUGGAGUUGACACGGAGUUGUAUAGAUAUAGUUCAGUCGACUGAUCAUAGCUGUGGAUCGUCCGCCUGCCCCGCAGCUGCACGUAUUGCUAUCGUCGCAAGGUAAGGCACGUCCGGAAUCUCUCGAUGAGCUUGUCCGCGGAUUAGCUUCACUCGCGGUCCAGUCGCGGCUCGCAAUCGACUAAUCGCAUGGGCCAAAAUGUAUCGUUCACGCCGCCCGCCUGCCGGUAACCUCGUCUGCCUCCCGCACCGACAUGUUCAUCCAAUGACACCGGGUGUCACUGUGGUAGACUCCUCUUCGUUGUCUAGCCCUGCGCUUAGGGGUAGGCACAGGCUUGUCCACUCGGAAACUCGGAUCGGCGACCACCCCCACCCACGCCUCCUGCCUUUGCGACCCGCCAAAGUCCGCUUAGCUCCUCAGCGCACGUGACGGCUGAUCCCCCAAUCUGCCGUGCGAACCCUCCCAGAUACGUUGCAACAAAGAGUUCCCGUGCAGCAACUGCAUUGCAAGAGGUAUAUCGGACCAAUGUCAUAGAGAGUGAGCCACCAUACAUCUCCCGCGUCACUAGUCCCGUGCCAGAAAGUACUCAACCCCCCUUCCUCGCUGCCGCACAUCCAUCGGUCCACAGACCCGUGGUCGUGCGCGGACACGUCGUCGGCGGACCCCAGGAAAGGUCACCUCUUACAGUCGAGCAACUGAAUCAAGAAAACGUCGCUUUACGCAAGAAAGCCGCCGCCCAAGAACGUCAAAUCAACGCCUUGCUUAGGGCCCCAAAACAAGCCUCCAAGGGAGGUCAAGCCGGCACGCCGCAUGCAUCCGCAUCGAAAACGGGAUCUCGCGAGGGAUCCUAUGCUGGUUUUCACGAACCCCCCAUAAGUGGUCUGGCUCCAACCUCUGGAGCAGCUCCCUUAACGUCCAUCCAACCCCCCGGCGUGCUUGAAUCGUGCGAACUGGACGUACUGGGCCUGAGGGACCCCAAAAACCAGAAUGUGAGACUCCUCACCACAGUCCUUCACAGUUUGGUCUUAGAAAAUCUGCUGAUUUUUUGAUUCGUUGCGGAGACUAGGCACCCUUCUCAUCAGACGGCAAAAGCUCACUCCGCUCAGACAUCCCGUCCCACCACACCGUUCCAUUGCUCGACCUCGUGCCGAUCGAGACGAGCACCUUUUUGGUCGAGAACCAUUUCCGGCUACUCGAAUGGGUGCAUUGCGUCGUUCACGUGCCCAGCUUCCUGCAAGAACAUGCGUUGUGGUUGGACUGCCUUCGACGAGGCGAAAGGGAGCGGGUACCCCGGUAUGACGUCCUAGCGAGAUGUGAGUGUACUGUGAACGUCUGGACGAGGCGUUUUGCUCAUCCCAAAUUUGCACUUUCAUCGUCAGAUUUUGCGAUUAUCGCCGUACGUGACCGUAAUCCCGCGAGCUGCCGCACUCCGCGCCCGACUGACCAUUGCUUGCAAAACCGAGCAGUCGACGCUAUACUUUCUCGACGUCGAACAUGGAGCUCAGAUCGGCUACACAGCAGAAGACAUGGUGUCACUUCCUCGAAUCUGGUUCAACGCGUCCCUCGAAGCACUGCAACGCUCCGAUUUUUUAUGUCACCCCAGCCUUGAGUCGCUGCAAGCGAUCUGCAUCCUUCCCCUCAUCGGCCAUGCCUACGGUGAAUCGAUCUACUUUGGAUCGCUGAUGCACUGCGCACUUGGUCUCGCGCAAAACCUCAAGUUCCAUCUCUUGACCGCCGAAGAGCCGAGACCUGGACUGAUCAACCGCGAAAUGUCUCGGCGGAUGUGGAAAUGCUUGGUCAUCGCAGAAUGGUGAGUCGUGGCGACUAGACCGGUUGAACUCUUCUGUGCUGAUACUUGUGCGUUCAUUCAGUCUCGUACCAGCCAAGAACUGCCAGCCCUUCAGCCUGUUCUAUCCGCCAGCUCAAACCGUCGAUCCGCUCAACGCGAACGACGAGGACCUUUCCAAUGACGUCUCGUGUGUUCCCCGACCUCUGCACGAACCGACCAUUGUCUCCCACUUGCUCGGUGUCAGUCGCAUCGCCGAUCUGUUCCGCGAAUUCAGCCAAGUCAUCUUCUCCUUACCCACGAUCGAGGCUCAGUGGGACUUCGCCAUUUCGAUCGACAAUCGCCUCCUACACCUGCUUGACUUUUGUCCCGCCCUCAAGCCACGAGCCACACCAUAUCCGACGCACGUUGACCUCAACGCUCCGUUCGACUACUUACCCUGGGCCCGCCACCUGUGGGGCACAUUUAUUCCACUCCAUCGAAUCAUGUGCCUCCGUCUCUUUCUCGGCAAGAGCUACCACGACUCGCAAUUUUUGCCGGCGCGUCAGAUCUGCUUGAACUCUGCGCGCGAGUUCUUUGCCGAACGAAGACGGCCCGCACCAAAGAUGUACAGGAAGUCAUGGCACGUGUCAUCGUUGACCGUGAUCGCGGGAAUGGUUUUGGGCACCGAACUCAUUCACGGUCGACCCGACCCGGCUUCGGCGUUGGGCCUCCGCGCCGAAGUGAUUGAAGCGAUGCAACAGCUGGCCGAUCCCGGCAACGCCAUGACUCAGCGUGGAAUUGAGCUCCUCCAGUCGAUGAUCACCGAACACGAUCGUCAGUCGAGCGACUUUAUCGAACCUGCUCCACGACCUCACAAGGUGCCACCCUCUGCACCCACUGUGAGUCACUUAACCAACAACCGAUAUCCGAUUUCUCCCCCGAUGCCCUCACCGACACAGGAUGUUCGUUUACCACAACCCCUUGUCAAUAACCAUGGCAACGGUCAGAUGAACCCCAUGCCUAUGAAUCCCGCGAUAAUCGCACCUCACGGCAUGCCAACCCAUUGGGCCAUUCCACAGCCCGCGUUUCCACCGACCUUCCCUACCGCAGCUCAAGUCCCCGCCCUCGAAGCGCUGUGGCCUAGCUCAAUCAACAAACAACAAGAUUGGUCAUGGUUGACCGGAUCAACAGAGUGGCCGACAACGCUGUUCACCGACGUAGAUGGCCAAGUCGCUGAACCUCAUGCAUCUUGGUUCGGCGCGGGGCAAACCCUCCCUUCUGUGCUAUAG